CAGGCUCCACUCGCAAUCCCAAGUAACGCUACAUCUCUCAAUCGCCAUAUUGGGUACUGAGGUUUGUCCGCAAUUGCUCUCACUACGGGACGAAAUUAACAGAGCGGCUUCGGUUCCUGGGCACUUUGACUAGAUGAUCCGCGGAGACUACUUUCGGCUUCAAAAACACUGCGACCGUUACCGUUUCCAGCCCGAAUUACGCAUGGCAUAAAUCCUUUUUACGCUUGUUUUGGAUCCAGCUCAGCGUCGAGGAGAUACCCGUUGUUUUUGAUCGGUGUGUGUGCUUUUUUUUUAUCUCGUGAAAACUGGACGCUCCCGGCUGUUUGCAAAAAUCCUGUUUUUCUUUUUUGGGGGGAAAAUGUCAGAUGUUCGACUAUCAAACGGGAGCCCGACGUUGGAGCGGACGGACUCCCGGGUGUCGGAUCACCCGAAACCGUCGGCUUGCAGGAGCCUCUUCGGCUUCGUGGAUCACGAAGAGUUAAAGAGGGAUUUAAAGGGACAUUUGCGGGAGAUGGAAGAGGCUGCCUCCGCCAAGUGGGGCUUCGACUUCGCCAAUCACACGCCGCUGGCCAACGCCAGGCUCGAGUGGGAAUUAGUGGAUUGCAGAGACGUCCCGGGUUUCUACAACAAGCAGCCGCGGAGGGAGAAGGGCGUCUGCUCCGCCGGGAAUAACAAUGUGGAUCUAAACGGGAAUCAUAGCUGUGUUGUGGUGGCUUCGAGCGAGGACACCGACCGCUCCGACGGACAGAUGGAAUGCACGGAACAGUGCACCGGACUGAGGAAAAGACCAGCGUGUCACGACCCCUCAACCCAAAAUAAGAGAUCACACAGCAGCUCAGAUGAGGUGACUUGUCCGAGCCUGAGCCACUCUACAGAACGCACACCCAGAAAGACCAGUCCCAGGAGGCAGACGUGAGGACGAGCACGAGCCAGAGAUGCGUUUCCCCUUUCAAGUGGGAAAACCUCAGUGUUGGUCGACUUUGGAGGAGGAAGUACACAACAUCAGAAACAUAUCAGCUCUCCUGAAGACGGGGGAGGACGCUGUUGAAGCACUGAAUAGAAACACUAAAGUUGUGGCACUCAAUUAAAAAGUUACUGCCUCUAAAAGCAGUCAAUGUAGCAGUGUGCAAUUAGGUUUGAUUUCCUUUUUUGCUCUUUUUUUUUUUUAUUUUUUUUACUACCUGUGUAAAUAAAUAUGCAUAUUCUAUUAUAUUUCUUUCCAUAUGUAGCACAUAAGAAAACAUUAUGAUUUGAACACCAAUCCUUUAUGUAAAAAGGUGUGAAUUUUGAUUUGACUUGAAGAAUUGCAGUGUAGUUUGAUACAUGUUUCCAAAAUGCUGUUCUGUUGGCUUUUUUUUUAAUUUUAUUUCCUGAAAAGCAGUGUGACUCUGACACAGUCCCACAAUGCUACAUUUAAAACAAAAAUCAUGGCUUCUUACAGUUUCUUACCAGUGUAUCUUCACUCCGUCGCCUUCCUAACUCAGCAGUGAAGAACGGUACAAAUGUGGCUCAUCUGUUUAUUUUUCCUUCCUCUGGUCACUUCAGUGUCACCAAUUGCAGGUUCUCCUAUAAGAUCCAUUUCCCACAGGAAAUCCACACAGGAAAAAAAAAGACGUAAUAUUUCUGCUCGGGGUUUCCUUUUACAUCAUCCAAUAUUUAUUUUUGAGGUGCUUUUAGCAUCGGUUGGUUCCUGGAAUAUGAUCAACUUUUUUUUUUUUUUUUCUCAAGUUCUCCUGCACACCUCAGCCACAAUGUGGGGGUGUGUUUUUUGAUUUGGAGUUGCGAGGUACUCAGAUAUUGAAGGACAAAGACCGUACAAACUGCACAGGUUGUGUUGUAAAAGUCAUCCUCUCCUUGACUAUAAUCUUUUUGUUUCAUCAGCCUUAAUGCUCUCCAGAGAGGUUUUCUGAAAAGGGUUGAAUGUCCUACAAUACCAAAUACGUGGUUGCUUCAGUAUGGUUGCCGGAGCCGCCUGUGCCCCUUAAUUGACUUCACAUUUUUUGUGAAAACCUAGACUUAAAUUUUCAUUUGUUUGUACUUGUUUCACCAAUGUUGUUAGCCUGCUGAGGAUGCAAACGUGAGCAUCUAAAAGCUUCCCUUUAUUUGCCUAAAGUGUGGCUUAUGUUCAAAGAGACCAGUGUACACCUGGAUGGAGAGAGAGCAGCUUUUCUCAGAAAUGCAGUCACCAUGCCUGUGUAUUUGUGUUCAACUUUGCAAUGUACCUAUGUACAUAAUUUUGUAAAAACACUGAGAAAUUAUACUAACUUAUUUAUGUCAAGCUUUUUUUUUUAUGUAGAAUAAAAAAAAAAAAUGGGUUUUUGAUUACGGUUAUCCAAAGUGGCAUUUACUUUAUUAUAAUUGUCUUAUUUUGUAAAAGCAUAUUUUUGGUAGUUUUUUUUUUUUUCUUAUCAAUAAGGUUGCAAACUGAGCCUGAUAAAAUAUUUGAUGUGCAUUUUGUAAUGUGUGGUUAUGAAAUGUGUUGCAAUCAAUUAAAAGAGAAAAUUCAAUCUA